UUGUAUGGCAGGGUUCCCUUGAGUUUAUUCUCUCGGAGAUGAGCUACGGUCGACCUCCUCCAGACGUAGAAGGCAUGACCUCCCUUAAAGUUGAUAACCUUACUUACCGAACGUCUCCCGAGACUCUCCGCCGCGUGUUCGAGAAGUACGGGCGGGUGGGCGAUGUCUACAUCCCUCGCGACUGAUACACCAAGGAGAGCCGCGGCUUCACUUUCGUCCGUUUCCACGACAAGCGGGAUGCCGAGGACGCGAGGGACGCCAUGGACGGGGCCGUGCUGUACGGCAGAGAGCUGAGGGUACAGAUGGCACUGUACGGCCGCCCUCCAGACUCCCACCACGGCCGCAGGGGCCCACCACCUCGGAGAUUCGGGGACUAUGGCCGCAGGAGUCGAAGCCCACGAAGAAGACGUCGAAGCCGCUCUAGAAGCAAGAGCAGAUCGCGAUCACGCAGCAGAUCUCGUUACAGCAGGUCAAAAUCCCGCUCACGAACCAGGUCUAGAACACGCUCCAGUUCAAAGUCUCGCUCUGCUCGGAGAUCAAAGUCCAAGUCAUCGUCCGUCUCUAGGUCCCGGUCUCGUUCUCGUUCAAGAUCCAGGACAACACCCCCUGUGACAAAGCAGUCAAAGUCCAGAUCAAGAUCUCCAAGUCCCCCAAAGUCUCCAGAAGAAGAGGGAGCAGUGUCUUCGUAGGAUAAGUGUCUUCACAAAGAAAGCCACGCAGGAAGUCAGAGGUGUUCUUUAAUCCUUCAGUCUAAAGGAACAAUCCGUGGAGUAAGCAACAGCUACCGAAAAGGUGGUUAUUUGUAUGAUUUUUGGUUUUUCCUCCCUGUUUAAUUUUGCCUGUUUAAGUUGAGCCCUAUGUGGCAGACUUCACAUUUUGUGCCAUUUUUUUGUUGCUGUUAUUCCAAUUUUUUGUAAUUUAGUGAACGCCUACAGAUUUCAUUAUUGGCUUGGAUAUUUGAGGUAACACGUUUCUGUUAAUAAAUUGUAUCGUUUAAAACCCAAAGGGUUGAGAAGGUAUGUCUAUACUUCACUGAACUGUAGUUGCUUGUGUUUGGACACUACUCAUCAAAGCAUUGUUUAAACCAGUGACCUAUUUUUACAAAUGUUAAAUUUCUUGUAUGUAACUACAUUUUAGUAUCUGAACCCAAAAUAUGUAUGUACAUGUAACUGUUUCAAGGGAGUGUUUUUAUUUGACUACAACUCUAAUCUCUUCUCUUGUGUAUUUUUGUGCACUAGGCGCAGUUGUGUAGCAGUUGAGUUAUGCUGGUUAGCUGUUAAGGUGGCGUGUUGCAGUGCAGAGUGCUUGGCUGUUUCCUGUUUUCUCCCGAUUGCUCCUGUGUAACGCUGCCUUGUCGUGCAGAAAAACAAAUGGCUGCCCAGUUUGUUAGAAUGCCUGACAACUGCACUUCCAGUCGCCCCGGUCUUGCAUAUAAAUAAUGGAGCAUACAGUGAGCACAUCUAGCUGAUGAUAAACACCUUUUUUUCAGAAUCUGGUAAACCUGAGUUUCAAAUGUAACAUCAGUGUCAUUCCAAUGUAUGUGUUUGCAUCUUUUUGGCUUUAACAUUCUGUACUAUAACCACUGUAGUUAAUAAACUUUUU